CUUGUGUUUCACUUGACACGUGAGGGCAAUAUCAUUAACUUGUGACUCCAGUUUGAAACGACUCUUGCACCAGAAUCGACCUCAAUCUACUGUCCAUUCCCUUGGCAGCCACAUCCAUUGAGCAUCGCUCCAUUGACUCUUGACCACGUCUCCCCCUCCCACAAAGUCGCCCGCAUUUGUGGAGGACAGGUCCGGUUGGCACAGGCUGAUCUGGCCCUGACUUGAAUGACAUUCCAAGCCUUCAGCAGGCGGGAUCAGGAGCUGUGACGGCUGUUAUCAACCGGCAUUUGAGAGUCUAGAUGGGUCGAUUUCAAUGGAUUCAAGGUCAUCCGAAGCAAGGCAGUGACAGACUGCAUGCUGUUGCCCAUGACUGGUUUUCGAAGGACAACGCCGAACCAUCGAGACAAGCCUUGGUUGAGACGAUGAAAGAACAUGCUAGUGGGACGGGCGACAUGUCCCCAAGUCGCCACGGGCGGUCGCGAACUAAUACGACUACAUCGUCAGUCUCCUCCUUCACUCGGUCGCUGUCGAAUGGCUCGAACGACGUCACGUCAAGACCUUCAUCUGGGCAGAGCUCGGCCGAUAUCAACCUGCGGCUCCCAGAACGUCACGAAGGCCAUGCUAAAAGCCUGAUCUCUAGAGGCACUCGCAUAUUGAAGCGACAAGGCAGCAAGCUGUCACUCAUGCCUUCACAGAUGGAAGAGCCGUCAUCUGGACGUGUCACGGAAAAGCCCGGCGGAGGCUCUCCGAUUAGGUCAAUGCGCAGUCCGGUCAACACAAGUUCAAAACGUACUGGAUUGAAACAAAGCAUCUCCGGGCCAUUCGCGUUCCAACAUCUGUCCCAUGGAGAUCAAGCUCAAUUCCCAAAAGAAAAGGCCACAAAGUCCGAGCCGACCUCGGAGUACAAUUCUGUCCAAGCAGUUCAGCAGCCCCAGGAUCAUGUCCGCAGGCUUUCAAGCGAGGAUCUACCUUCUGCGACCCGGCCAUCAAACCUCGCAGAACCAGAUGAGCCUACAUCUCCUAUUACCGACACAACACAAUAUCUUCCUAUCACACCUCCCCGCCCUGAUCCUCCGCCAAAGGAUAGCACGCUAUCGCCUUACAGUCCUUCGGAUUUCCGUCUUUCACGGUCCAUGGAGAACUUCUCUCGACCCAAAAGGCUAUCCUUCACUUCCAGCGAGGUGUCUCCUGCGUCUCGUUCAUCGGAAAGGCUGUCAGCCUUGAGCCCCAUCAAUCGAAACAGUGUCCGCAGGAAGCCACUUCCUAUCGUGAAGGACAUCGUCCAUGCUGUGUCUACCAGAGACGACAUUGCCCUCCCACUUCGCACCGCUCCACUGCCCUCGCCACCAUCGAGGGUGAUGGAGGUUGUUGACGAGGAAGGUAAGCUUGAGAGUUGUGGCAUCUCGCCGCACAAGAUUCUCUCUGCUAGGCCAUCCUGCAACGAUCUGCACACGGCGUCUUCUCUGAGGGAGCGCAAACGACGGAGCCAGUCAUCGGGUGAGCUUCAUACCGAUGCAUACCACCAACUUAUCUCCACCAUGACAAUUGUGGAAGCGUCUUUAGACGAGCCGGUUGCCAACCGAACCCAGCUUGCAUCAUCGCCAAGAAAUUCAGUAGAGGUCAAGUUACCUCAGAUGCCAGAUUGGGAAGACGCUAUCGACGAUGCUUGGGACAAUGCUGCUGAUAGUGAGGACUCUGAACGCACAAACGGCACAAAUGCAACAUUUGGAAAAAACUAUCUGUUCGUGGAGCAAGUCGUUGCGGAAGAGGGCUCUUCAUCUGCUUCUACUCCUCUAAUGAUGCAACUUCCCAGGUUGGCAUACCAACCUGAACGGGAAGAACAGACAAGAGCACCAAAGCUCACACCUGCUCCAGAGCCCUCGUCUCCAUUGCUAGGACUUGGGAUUGGAACUCUGCAGUCUAUUCCUGAUGUUUCCCUUGCUGAAACAGAAUGUUUGCCAGUCCAUGAACAUGAUCACCGAUUAGCUUCUUCGGAUUCAUUCCGAUCUCAACUCAGGCGGAGUCCAGCGUCAUGUAUCAGCAAGUCAAGCUCCCAAGAGAGCAUCAUUCUUUCCAUUGCAUCGUCCAUCAUUGGAACACAGCGUUCAUCAAACUCGAGCACCGCCUUUUCGGACUUUGCUCGGUUUGCUAGCUUCGGAGAUUCUGUCGACAAUCUCAAGCUCGAUCUUCAAGACCCUACAACUCCGGUCGAAAGCCACGGACGGGAGAAGGGCAGCCAAGAAACAAUCCGUGAGGAGUGUCAGUCGACGUUUGAUGUUGGAAUCGGGGCUUUGCAGAGUCCGAUUACUCCUUCAAUACCAUCCCCAGGACUUCGGCACGACCGUGGUGCUUCGGCGCCUCACAUUUGGGUCCCUGAGAGGAAGUCAUCAUUGCCUGGAGACAUGUCGAAGACACAGAGUGGACGCAGGCGUGCAGGCACGACCAACUCUCGCCCUCGCAAAAACACCCGCGUCUCAUACUCUUUGUUCCCAGCCCCAUCACCCAACUAAGUGCCUUCGCCCGACAUCACAUACUAUCGUAUUUCGGGCUACAGCAUGGGACUUUUGGCACUACUACCUUUCAUAUUUUAUCAUCACGAUUUUACGACUUGGGGGAGUUUUUGCAAAAUUAUGUAUCACGAUUCGAUAAUGAAUCCGCCAAAGACGAAUUUACUUUGGAGGAUCG